UGCAUCUACUGCAAUGUUGCUUCCAAGAAUCCUGAAUCAACAAUGCGACRACGAGUAUUCCCGGAAACAGAAUACUCGGAUUAGAAUUGAUAGUAAAUCCAAAUCAUAGCUUUUUUUCUUGGAAUAUUUGAUGUUCAUCAAUGCACAUCGAUCGAACGACCUGAAUAGUAAACCAAAAGAAACUUAGAACUCAACGAAACGAUCGUAUAUAYACACUAGCUUAAGCUGUCGUACUUGAGCGACGAUCACCAUUUCUGAGAUAUUUAGCUAGACUCCUCAAGAAUACAGUUUCAGAAAUAUUUUGCAGGCUAUUUGGGACCAUUUGGCCAUCGUGGAAUGUACAAUUGCAAUACGUUUUCUUAACUAAAAAAGAUCGAAAAGGCUGCUUGAUAGAUAAAARAUGGGACAAUCACAAAGCAAGGAUCAAUCUUCUAAGGCUAGACCUGUAGAAGAAGAUCAGCUCAUGCCAAAACCGUGGAGGAAGGUCAAGGGAUGGGAUAAAAGCACAAGAGAUGAAAUGAAGUCCAAAAUGGAAGAGUUUGAUCCAAGUCCAUUUGGGGUGCCAACAUUCAAUAUUAUUCUUACUGGUCAAGUCGGAUCAGGAAAGUCAAGCUUUUAUAACAGUAUYAACAGUAUCUUUAACGAGAUUGUUAGUCCAGCUAAAGCAACUGCCGGUAAAAUGGCACGAAGUCUUACUAAAGAGUUCAGGGUGUAUCCAUUACACAACCUCAAAAUCAAGAUUGGUGAUACUAUGGGUAUAGAGGCACACACYACUGAAACUGAUAUCAGGAAUAUCUUGAAGGUAGUGGAAGGACAUGUGUCGAAUGGUCAUARGUUUAAUCCUGACGAAGAAUUCCUUUCAAACAGUCCAGGCUACAUUCCAAGCCCUAAGCUUGCAGACAGAGCACACUGUGUAGCUCUUGUGAUCAAUGCGAAAGAUACCUCAAACAUGAACAAYGACAUGGUGCGUAAGCUAAAAAGCUUGGCAGAGGCCCUUGUCAAUCGACAUUUACCUAUUGUUAUCAUACUAACUCAUUUGGAUGAGUACCUGCCUAAAGUAGAAGAAGAUAUCACAAAAACCUUUCAUAGUAAACUGUUGAAAGAACUUGUGGACAGAAUAAGCAAUAUGAUACUUGGUCUCCCAGAAAACCAGAUAUUUCCUGUUAUUAACUACAACASAGAAGUUGAGCUUGACAACGGCAUGGAUGUUCUUCUCUUGUAUGGACUACGUUGCCUAACUAMUGUUGCCAAGARCCAUCUCGAGAAUCAACACAGURAAGACYUUCCUACUCAACUGAAAUACAGUCAACAGGAGGAAAUAGGACCGAUGGAAUUGGAAAAGCCAGGUGAAAAACCACCGAAUCAACUGGACGAGAGUCCAAUGGAACUUUAAACUUUUGUUCUAGAAAGCCUUAGUUGCUGAUCAAUAAUUAGUAAUACAAACAUUAGCCMUAAAGAACUGUGAAUUCUGACAUUAUCUGAAUUACAUAUAGUUAGAAAUAAACAACAUAUCCCUUAGUGAACUCCGUCGUUUUCAUAGGUACCACUGAGUUUUGAAUGAUGAACUGAAAUUCAAUGUGUGACUUGCAAAGUACACGAUCCCUUGCUAUUUGAGACUUAUGRUAGUGAAUAUGAGUUCGAAUUAGCAUGUAUUUAAUUUGUCUUUUCGUGCUUUCCUGUCUCAACUUAAAAAAAUCCACCGUUUUUACGUUUUUUUUAAUAUACACUAUAGCUACUCCACAAUAGUUUUACAAAUUUAAAGAAUCCAUUGUUAAUCCAGCUUAUGCAAUACUUUAUUUUCCAAGAAGAUCAAGUUACGGUCUGAUAAACACUUGAUUAGGACGAUUUCCAAUAAAGUAUAAAGUUGUUAUGUUAUAUUAGACUAAGCGCUAUGAAUCAAACAUGACUUCAAAGAAUUGUUGACU